AAGCGUGAGCAGGCGCAGUAAACUGACCUUCCUUGUGCGGCCUCGUCCUGGAUCUAGAAGAGGACCUUGAAUGUGUUUUUGGAGCGUAGAGUACGAUUCUUUGACUUUGAUUCAUUCUACAGAGACCGAACUAUGCCAAGUUCGGUGGAGAUCCCCUCCUUGCAGGAGCUAAAUGUGGAGGAGAUCAAUGUAUCGUCUGCAGUUCUAAAGGCAGCCGCCCACCACUAUGGCUCCCAGUGCGACAAGCCCAACAAGGAGUUCAUGCUGUGUCGCUGGGAAGAGAAGGACCCCCGGAAAUGUCUGGAGGAGGGGAGGAAAGUCAACGAGUGUGCACUCAACUUCUUCAGGCAGAUCAAGGGCAGCUGUGCCGAGUCCUUCACAGAGUACUGGACCUGCCUUGACUAUUCCAACCUGGCCGAGCUGCGUCAAUGUCGCCAGAAGCAGCAGGCCUUUGACAGCUGUGCCCUGGACAAGCUGGGCUGGGAGAGACCUAACCUGGGCGACCUGUCUAAGGUGACAAAGGUGGCGACCUUGCGACCCCUCCCGGAGAACCCGUACCAUUCGAAGCCCCGUCCGGAGCCCAACCCCGUUAUCGAGGGCCAGCUGAAGCCCUCCAAGCACGGCAGCAAGCUCUUCUUCUGGGACUGGUGAGGGAGGCUCGACGCCCUACUCCAGGGGGUCCUGACCUCUAGACAGGAAGUGAACCUGGACUCACCCGCAUAUGGCCACAUAGCUCUCCUAUUCCUAUGUAAAUGUAACAAAUGAACAAAGGCAACUUCAUGUUGUGUUAUUGUUGUUGUGAAAUAAAACAGAUUUAAUUUAUCA